AUGUCAAUUUCCUGUCAGGGCGCUGAGAAGUGGAUCCAGGUGAAACCCACCGUGUUGGUCACAGGUUGCGCUGGCUAUGUGGCAACGAGCGUUGUGCGCAGACUGCUCUCGGAGGGCUACAAGGUGAAGGGCACGGUGCGCUCUGUGGAUUCCAGCGAUCCCAAGGUUGCCAUGAUGAAGCGGGUAUUUCCUCAAGUAGAGCUCUGCGAGGCCGACCUCCUUGGUGGUGAAGAAGCCUUUGCAAAGGCUAUGGAGGGCUGCAAAUUUGUGAUUCACUGCGCCUCACCUUUUAAGCUGGAUGCAAAAGAUGUCCAGAAGGAGCUAAUUGAGCCGGCAGUGAAGGGAACAGAGGCUGUUAUGCGAGCGGCGAGCAAGGCCAGCAUUAACCGCGUUGUCGUCACCUCAUCCGUCGCUGCGGUUGGGCCUCCUAUGACAUAUUUGGAGGCUGGCGGUACUGACAAGGUCUUGGAGGAUGAUGAUUGGAAUGACGACGCGCCAGACACUCCUAUGAAAGGUUACAAAGUCUCCAAAGUUUUGGCCGAAAAGAAAGCUUGGGAAUUGUCCAAAGAGUUAAACGUUGACCUGUCCGUGCUUUGUCCUGGCUUUGUGAUCGGACCGAUGAUGACAAGUAGGGCAGAUGGCGAGUCAGUUCUGUUCAUCAAGCGCAUGUUGGAUGGCACGAUGAAAGAGAAGGCAUCUGAGGGAAGCCUGAAAGGCUUUCCAAAGCCAGUCACUGAUGUUCGAGAUUUGGGUUUGGCUCAUGUCAAAGCUAUGGAGAAAGAGGGCGCUGUCGGAAAGCGAUUCCUUGUCACCAGCGAAAAUGUCUACACGAAUGUACAGAUGGCUGAGAUGAUUGCGGACAGAUACAAGGCCUACCCUUUGCCCACAGAGAGCCAGGAGGGAAAAGCGGGCUACAAGUGCAACUGCAAGGCAGCAAAGGAUGUGCUUGGAGUCUCACUGCGACCUGUGGAUGUGUCCAUGCGGGAUAUGGCUGCAGCGGCACUGAGGGUGGGCUUGGCGGAAAAGAAGUUCGUCAAGAAAGCUGCCAAGUCCUUCGGAGAGGUCACCGACAUCAUGCCUGACAGCCGGAGUGUUUACCUCCUAGUCAGCGUUGUGUCCAUUGGCACGCCAGAGGAGGGAAAGGGCGCCGAGGCCUUCACGGAGGUCGUCGUUGGAGAUUCGACAGGACUGGUCACACUGCGACUGAACUCCGAGGAGAUGAAGGCCCUUGGAAGCGUGGGUGAUGUGGUUGAGAUUCGAAAUGGAGCUGUCAAGAUGAUGAAGGCACGUGAGAUCGACUUUGCAGAUUUUUCGGAAAGCCGCGAGAAAGGCACCAUGAUGUCGGUCAUCGAGGUGAAAGCUGCCCAGGUGACACAUCCGACCGGAGAUCCAAAGUUUGCAGUGAUGCAGCCCUUCCCUGCGGCAAUCUCAGAGAAAGAGGCCGACCCAUUCCUGAUGUGCGAUGAGUUCGGCCCGACUGUGAGCACUGGCAAGGAGACCGACCCAGAUAGAUUUCCUGUUGGAUGGCACCCCCACCUUGGAAUGGACAUCAUGACCUACAUGCGUGAAGGGAGAGGCAGACACGCCGAUUCUCUGGGUAAUCGUGAAGAGUUUGAUAGCCCUGGCUUCCAAUGGAUUAGCGUGGGUAGCGGGAUCGAGCAUGCUGAAGGCGGUGGCACUGAGAAAGGCGAGCGACAACAUGGCUUCCAGAUUUGGCUCAAUGUGCCAAAGGUGCACAAGGCAGAUGAUCCUCAGUACGGCACUGUCAAGCCGGAGCUCCUUACAGAGUUUGAUCUCACGGGUGGUGCUGGGCGAGCGCGGCUUUUGGCAGGGCCCUAUGCUGAUCAGGAAGGUGCAUUCCGGACCAAACAGAGCGUCCAAAUGAUUGACUUUGAGGUCACACCUCGAGCGGCGUUCUGCCACGCCAUCCCUGAGCAUAUGGAGACAGUCUUAGUGUAUUGCUACAGAGGCGAGCUUCGUGUGGGAGCGGAAGGCAAGAAGCUUCCUGCCCAACAUGUCGCACGUUUGGAUGGCACCACCAGCCAGCGCGACCUCUUGCUGGAGGCUGGCGAGGAUGGAGCUGCUUGCAUUCUCUUUGCGGGCAAGCGGAUCAACGAGCCGAUAGCAUGGCAUGGCCCAUUUGUUGCCAGUGACAAGAAAGAGCUGCAAAAGGCUUUUCGAGCCUACCAGGACGGGAGCUUCCCACCCAAACGGGUGACGUGGGACUACCGGCGUGCUGCGGCUGUGCCAAAGUCUU